AAUUUAUAUUUAAUUCAUUUGUUGAUGUAAUGUGUCAUUAAACAUCUCCAUUUAUUUCCAAAGCAGCAGGACUCCAGUGUUUGGACUAAACUGGAGCCUGAGGUGAACAAUGCAGAUACAGACGAGGCUCCAACUUACAGCCUGCAGUCUGAAGCAGGACGCUUUGAAUGCAGUGUCUCUGGCUUGCGCUGGGUCUGUGAGGAAAACGCCAGCUUUAAGUACCACUUCUGCUCUUGGGGAGGACACAUGGAGAGGAUGAAAAGCAGACAGUACAUGCCUGCAGGUGCCCUAAUAGACAUCUCAGUCAUUGCUGGGAAGUUAUAUGAAGUGUACCUGCCACACUGGAUCUGCAUCGAGGACAACUCUAAAAUAUUGGACAAGUUUGCCGUCCUCCACAUAGAUGAGUGUGGAGAUGUUGUGGAAAAAGUGUCUGAGGUCACAGCAUCACAUGUGAAGUUAACUAAGCCGAUUUUCUCUCCAAGAGCGGUCCUGAUGAAAAUAGGUUUUCCUGUGAAAAUUGAAUGUAACGUGUUAAUGUACUACAAACCCAACACACGUUUCCUGAAGCUCCACGUCUUUGUGAUCCCAGUCGAUCCUGCUCUACAACAGACAGUGGACAAAAAGGAAUCGUCCAGCGGAUAUAAAGGAAUCACAAAGCCACGGCCAGACAGUCACCUGAAAAUGCUGCAAGGCUUCAGCCUCACAGCUGAUAUAGACACAGCAACAAUUACUCCAGAGAAAAUAACCCUCAGGUAUGACAGCCAAGAUCCAAACUUCUAUGAAGUGUUCAUUGAGAAUCCAGACAGAAAGUUUAACAUGACCCUACACCCUUACUUAAAGAAGAGUGAAGCAGUUUGGACCUGUGAAAUUAGAAAAGAUGACCAUCCAAGCUCUGGUCCUGUAGAAGUUGAGGAGACCGAUGGACAAUCCUCACAGUCUGCUUCCACUGACGACAUUCACUUUGUGGAUAAACACAGAGAAGCACUGAUCCAGAGAGUGAGCAACAUUGAUUCCAUUUUGGAUGGUCUCCUUGAUAAAAAAGUUAUCAAACGGGAAGCUUAUACCAAAAUCCGACUGAUAGCUACCCCUCAGGAGAAGAUAAGGGCCCUGUAUGAAGGUCCUCUACAGGCUGCAGAAAUCUGCAAGGAGAUCUUCUACCAAAUCCUUCAGAAGCAUGAAGAAUUUCUCAUCAAGGAUCUCAACGGAAAGAAGUGAAUAUUGGGAUGAAAUCCAUUUUUAGGUGAAACUUACAAAGCUGAGCUAAACAUUGUUGUAGAAAAAUUUAAUUUGUACCCGGAUUAAUUGUAUUUGUUGGAACUUUGACUUUUAAUCAGGGUCACAACAGGCCGGACUCUGAGCAGCUUCUCUUUGUUUUUCUAUGAUAUGUGAUGAUGUUAUGACCAGCAUCAAGUCUCAAAACUCGUGAUAAGUCCUCGGCUUAGGAGUCUUUGCUGUCCGUCCUGCUGUGUGAAAGGCAGAUACUUUUAUAAGUUUAUGCUUUAUGUUUUUGUCUGUCAGAUCUCUGAACGUGAGCCUGGUGUCGGAGCUCUGCCCUUUCAGCUGGAAUAUUCAUUCUGCAUUUCUUAUUUUUAUUAUUUAUUGUUGUUUUUCUCCCUUUGACUCUGAUCCGUAAAUCUCCAUUUCAGCAGCUCUUACAAGCACCACAUUUUCCAGUUUUAUUCCUGCCUAUUUUCUGAAGGUUUUUACAGACAGGUAUGUUCAUGUAUCAUUCACAUUUAUAGAACACUUUAUUGCUGUAAACAUGGAAAUGUAUUUUUGUCCUGGCUGCUAACAGUAUUUUCAGAUAUUUAAGUUAUAAUCCCUGCUCCAGCCCCUGCCUUUCUCCCUCUUCUUUCCCUCUCUUGUCAGUCUUGCUCUCCCAACAACCAGCUGAUUGUAGAGAUGAGAUACCGCUGCUGUCAUCGGCUCACAUCUCAAUGAAAGCUCAGUUCAUUCAUUCACUCUCCUCCAGACCAUAGACUUCCAUACAUCCCCGUCAUCCUGUUGGUCCUGAUCUGUCUCCAGCCUGCUCUUCCUGAACCACUGCUUCCUGCCCGCCUGGUCCUGGUGAACACAUUCGUCAGUCCGACCCUGCCUUGUCUGUCACUGGACUGAUCCACUUCAGCUUUUCCCCGGCCUUCCAGCUCUGACUCCUCUCACCAGACCCUGUAUUCCCUGAGCCUGCCUUCCCCUUUGUAUUUAGUUUCCCAUUUUUGUGAGUGCCCUGUUUAGUUAGCUGUGUUUGGUUUAUUGUGCUUUGGAUUUAUAAUUUUUAUGUUUGGGUUUAGUGGUAAGUUUUGUACUUUAGCUCAUUUUUGACUCAACACAGCUGAGUUAUUUCUAAAACAAUUCAUUUUUUUGUUACAUCAGAUUCAUGGGAAUGAGUAACUCCAAUAUCUCUUGAGAAUUGAGUUUUGUUAACUUCUGUCUUUUAUUAAGAUCUGCUGUUGGGUUUUACGGUGUAGUUUUCCCCUCAGUUCAGUUUCCCCGUUUCUGUAUUGGUUUUAGUUCUUGUCUUGCAAAUAAAGUUCUUUUGGAUCCUC